GGCUCGCCGCCGACGCAGGGCUGGGUUUCCAUUUUCAUAGCGAGGAAGUUUCAGAUAGGGAACAACAAUAUGGAGCCGGAGAUGGAGGACAAGACAUUGGAUCUUAUGAACAACACCUUCAUGGAUUCGCAAACAGACGAGCUCUCAUCAAAGAAGACGACAGUGUUCAAGAUCACAAACGGUCCGAUGACGGGCUCUCGGAAGCGUCCGUCGGAAGGGAACUACGACAAGGAGAAGGAUGUCUGCAUCCAGCUGUUCGACCAGUGGUCUGAAGCUGAGCAGGUGGAGUUUGUGGAGCACCUCAUCUCACGGAUGUGUCACUACCAACACGGCCACAUCAACUCCUACCUCAAACCCAUGCUGCAAAGGGACUUCAUCACUGCACUGCCAGCUCAGGGCCUUGACCACAUAGCGGAGAACAUCCUGUCGUUCCUGGACGCUCGGUCGCUGUGCUCGGCAGAGCUCGUGUGUAAGGAGUGGCAGAGGGUGAUUUCCGAGGGCAUGCUGUGGAAGAAGCUGAUCGAGCGCAUGGUCCGCACCGACCCCCUGUGGAAGGGCCUGUCGGAGAGACACCAGUGGGAAAAGUACCUUUUCAAGAAUCGAACCACAGAAGUUCCGCCAAACUCCUACUACCGUUCCCUCUACCCCAAAAUCAUCCAGGACAUAGAGACCAUUGAAGCCAACUGGCGGUGUGGCCGCCACAACCUGCAGAGGAUCCAGUGUCGCUCGGAGAACAGCAAGGGGGUUUACUGUCUGCAGUACGACGACGACAAGAUCAUCAGCGGCCUUCGAGACAACUCCAUCAAGAUCUGGGACAAACAGUCUCUGGAGUGUUUGAAGAUCCUCACAGGGCACACGGGCUCAGUGCUGUGUCUGCAGUAUGACGAGCGGGUCAUCGUCACCGGAUCCUCCGACUCCACUGUCAGGGUGUGGGAUGUGAACACAGGCGAGGUGCUGAACACUCUGAUCCACCACAACGAGGCGGUGCUCCACCUGCGCUUCUGCAACGGCCUGAUGGUCACCUGCUCCAAGGACCGCUCCAUCGCCGUGUGGGACAUGGCCUCGCCCACGGACAUCAGCCUGCGGCGCGUGCUGGUGGGCCACCGCGCCGCUGUCAACGUGGUCGACUUCGACGACAAGUACAUCGUCUCUGCGUCCGGGGACCGCACCAUCAAGGUGUGGAGCACCAGCACGUGUGAGUUUGUGCGCACGCUGAACGGACACAAAAGGGGCAUCGCUUGUCUGCAGUACCGGGACAGACUGGUGGUCAGCGGAUCCUCGGACAACACUAUCCGGUUGUGGGACAUCGAGUGCGGGGCGUGUCUCAGGGUGCUGGAGGGCCAUGAGGAGCUGGUCCGCUGCAUCCGCUUCGACAACAAGAGGAUCGUGAGCGGAGCCUACGACGGCAAAAUCAAAGUGUGGGACCUACAGGCUGCUCUGGACCCCCGCGCCCCAGCAAGCACGCUCUGUCUGCGGACACUAGUGGAGCACUCUGGGCGUGUGUUCCGGCUACAGUUUGACGAGUUCCAGAUCAUCAGCAGUUCCCAUGACGACACUAUCCUCAUCUGGGACUUCCUGAACGUGUCAACCAAUGGGCAGACAGAGGGCAGGUCGCCCUCCCGCACGUAUACCUACAUCUCCAGAUAGCAGAGUGGGGCCAGUGGAACGUGGCGUGUCUUCGGGGACAGUACCGGUGGCCAAGUCUCUGUCAGUGUGUCGGGGUCAGAGGUCGAGGAAUGGACACACCCCUCCCCCUCUUCUAAAUUCUCCACCAUCCUCUCUGUGCCAUCUCUUCACCGUUCUCCUGCUGCUGCCCCCACCCCUCUGCCCAGCGCCCCCAAAUCCUCUUCUCAGCACUGGCACCCCACCCACCCACUCCUCCCCAUACCCCCACAGAAGUCACACAGAGACCCCCCAGUACCUUUUGAAUCUGUUCACCAAAGACAGAGGCGAAAGCAUGGACAUGAAGGAGCCUAACCAAGUGGAGAUAGGGAGCAAGUGGAGCUACCCUGAAGAGGGGGCGAGAGUGGAGGAACGGUCCAAGACUCAGCUCUCUCCCCGACCCGUGACCCAGGUCCACCACCCGGGCCAAAAGACUAUCAAAUCUUGUUCUUAUCUCUUUUUUUGUUUUUUUUUUGGUGGCAGAAAAAAAAGAGACUUUGAAAGAGGUCAACAUGUAUAUAUCCUCCCAGAGGACUGUACUGCAUGGAUGAAUGAUGGGAUAAUAUUGUGUGAUUGUGACCUAUUUCUGUUUUUCUAUCUUUUUCUUUUUUAAUUUCUUUUGUCAGUUUCUUUUAUUUGGGAUUGUCUUUUUUUGUUUCUUUUUUUUUGGGGGGGGGGGGGGUUCAUUUGCCCAUCUUUGUUACAUUGUACUAAAAUUGUAGUUUUUUUUUUCGCUCCCAAACCCCUUCAAACCUGUCUGUCUGUCUUGUUCAGCCUCUCUUGCUGUCUGCCUGUCUAGGUUCUGAAUGAGCUGAAACUAGUUGUAAACAGAAGUGUCUCGUCUAAAAUGGUGUUGUAUAUUGAAAUGAUUUUUUAAAGGAAAAAAAAAAAAACAUUAUUAUUAA